UCUUCAAACACAAUUAUGAACAUGAAACGAACAGGUGAAAAUAAAACAGACAACUCCCGAAGUAAUUCCUCGCUCACCUCCAUGCAUAGAAGUGGAAGAAAGUUUGGGAUCUUAUUCUUUACCAAAAGCUUCUUCCAUCUUCAGAAGCUUCUUAAUUCUUUCUAUCUUGAUUCUUCUGCACUUUGUUUCUAUCAGGAAAACGAAGUUUAGGAUCUUAUUCAUUACCAAAAGAUGAAGUUAUCUAAAUGUCCGAGGAUUCGCAAAUCCUCGGCAGUUGGCCACAUGAACAUAAUCAAGCGUGGUCACUAUAAUGAUCACUAUAAGGCUCAAGAUCACCACACGAAUGGGGGCCAAGCACGCUUUUUAAAAUCUUUUUGAGAUUUUAAUCGGGGGGAUCAUGGCUUCCUCUCCUGAAAACGCAAAUCUUGUUCAGAAUCAAAAUCAACAGAUUGAUGUGGAGAAGCUCCUCAAACCCUCACCCAAUCCUCCUCCUCAUACACUCCCUACUUCUUCUUCUCCAUUUCCUUCUCCUUCUGGAAAUUUGAAUUCCUCCCCAUCUUUUCCUACACCUGCUCCUACUUCAUCUACUCCUUAUCUCAUGCCUUCAUCCUCAUAUCCUCCACCCACUGGCCCUUCUUACCCUUUCCACCCCGACUUCCUCCCUUACGCACCUUCCCUACAUGACCAUUUCCAGCACCAGCAGCAGCACCAGCUUCUUCCCAAUAGUGCCUAUUUGAUGGCUCUCUUGACAACCGAAAGUCCUCCUUCCUCCCCCUCCAACUCUAAUAAUAAUCUUGAUUCCCCUCAGCUUUCUAUGCCCUUCCCUUCGCCGUCUUCGUCUUCACCUUCGCCUUCGAACAGUAUCCCUUCCGUACCACCUCCCACCCGGUUACUCAGCACCAAACUCCCCAAGGGACGCCAUUUGAUCGGUGACCGUGUUGUUUACGACAUCGAUGCCCGCCCGCAAGGCGAAGUGCAGCCCCAGCUUGAAGUCACUCCCAUCACCAAGUACGGCUCCGAUCCCGGCCUAGUUCUUGGCCGUCAGAUUGCUGUUAAUAGAUCUUACAUAUGUUAUGGUCUCAAGCUGGGUAAUAUACGCGUCCUUAACAUAAAUACUGCGACAAGAUCUUUGCUUCGUGGCCACACACAGAGAGUAACUGAUAUGGCUUUCUUCGCCGAGGAUGUUCACCUUUUGGCCAGUGCUGGUGUAGAUGGACGAGUUUUCAUAUGGAAGAUCGAUGAGGGCCCAGAUGAGGAAGACAAACCUCAAAUUACAGGCAAAAUUGUCAUUGCUAUCCAUAUAGAAGUAGGAGGGGAAUCGGUCCACCCACGAGUGUGUUGGCAUCCUCACAAACAAGAAAUUUUGAUGGUUGCUAUUGGAAGUUAUAUCCUUAAAAUUGACAACACAAAAGUUGGAAAGGGGGAAGUAUUUUCGGCAGAGGAACCUCUUAAAUGCUCCAUUGAUGAACUGAUUGAUGGGAUCCAAUUGGUUGGUAAACAUGAUCAUGAAGUUACAGAGUUGUCAAUGUGCCAAUGGAUGACCAGCCGCUUAGCUUCAGCAUCGAUUGAUGGCUCGGUGAAGAUUUGGGCAGACCUCAAGGCACUACCACUUGCAGUAUUCAGGCCCCAUGAUAGCAAUCCUGUGCAUUCUGUGACUUUCUUGACUGCCCCGCACCGUCCUGAUCACAUUGUUCUUAUUACAGCGGGGCCACUGAAUCAGGAAGUGAAAAUAUGGACCUCUGCGGGUGAGGAGGGCUGGUUGUUGCCUAGUGAUACUGAAUCAUGGAAGUGUACUCAAACUUUGGACAUAAAGAGUUCUUCUGAACCCAAGAUCGAGGAUGCAUUCUUUAAUCAAGUCAUAUCGUUGCCCCGUGCAGGCCUUUUAUUACUUGCAAAUGCCAAGAAGAAUGCUAUAUAUGCUGUACACAUAGAAUAUGGACCUAAUCCAGCUGCAACCCGCAUGGAUUAUAUUUCCGAGUUUACGGUCACGAUGCCUAUCUUGAGUCUUACUGGAACUAGUGACAGUUUACCAGAUGGAGAACAUAGUGUCCAGGUCUACUGCGUCCAAACACAAGCCAUUCAGCAAUAUGCACUUUACCUAUCUCAGUGCCUGCCACCACUAGACAAUGUGGAGUUGGAGAAAUCUGACUCCACUGUUUCUCGUGUAUUUGAUGCUUCUAAUGGUUCUGCUUCUUUCGAACCACCUCAUGGAUGUAAACCGACUGAGAUAUCUGGUGUUAAUGCAACUCCUAUGCCACCUAUUCUUUCGAGCAGCGCUGAAAUUGACCCAGUAGUGAGCCUUCCUGCAAACUUGGCUUCUUCUGAGGUUACUAGCUCGCUGGAAGUUGCUCUUUCUGGUGUGGAAACAAUGCCAAGUGAUUUUCCUUCUUAUGUUACAGCAGAAAAUAUCCACACUAUAUCACCUCCCCUUCCUUCAAGUCCAAGAUUAAGUCGCAAUUUAUCUGGUUUUAGAAGCCCAUUAAAUAGCAAUGAGACUAAUCCGCCUCUCACUGAUCAUGGUGAUAACCAGUUAGCUCCUGAAUAUCCAUCUGAUCGGGGAAUGGACUUUGUCAAAGAUAGCAUGGCUGAUGUGCCUAGCUCAGAUGAAAAUUUGAAGAAGGGUGAUAAUAGUACUGCACCAAGUGAUAUUUCUAUGGUUCCCAAUCCUCCUAUAGUCUUUAAACAGCCAACGCAUCUGAUAACUCCAUCAGAGCUAUUAUCUACAGUUUCUUCAUCGUCUGAGAAUACCCAAAGUAGUCAAGUUGUGAAUGUGGUAGAGGCAAAGGUUCAAGAUGUGGCAGUAAACAAUGAUGCAGAAAGUCCUGAAGCAGAGGUUAAAGUCAUUGGUGAGACAGGAACCAGUCAAAGUAAUGAGUUUGACUGUCAGAGAGAUUCGCAAAUUAUGGUUGCAGAGAAAAAGGAGAAAUCCUUUUAUUCCCAGGCCUCAGAUCUUGGCAUUCAGAUGGCUAGAGAUUGUUUUGUGGGAACUAACAAUGUGGAGAGCUCACAGCAAGCUAAUGAUGUCGAUAUUACUAAGGCACCAAACCAACCUCCUAACACUUCUGUGGAAGAAGUUCAAGACACGAUAAAAGAUGUACCCACAAAGGUUGGCGAAUCAGAAACUCCCGUUGCAGUUUUGCCAUCUCCUGCACCAGCUCCAAAAGGAAAGAGACAAAAGGGUAAAAAUGCUCAAGUGUCUGGUUCAUCUUACCCUUCUCCAAGUCCUUUUAAGUCCACAGAUUCAUCAAAUGAACCGGGUGGCAGUUCAGGUGCCCCAUCUAUAGAAGCUGCUUUGCCUCAGUUAUUGGCUGUGCGGGCAGUGCUUGAUCAGUUAAUGAGCACACAAAAGGAAAUGAAGAAGCAGAUGAAUGUGAUUGUUUCUGGCUCAUUUUCGAAAGAAGGUAAAAGACUAGAGGGAUCCUUGGGCCGGAGCAUGGAGAAAGUUAUCAAGGCUAACACUGAUGCUGUGUAUGCUCGUUUCCAAGAGGAAAACACGAAGCAGGAGAAGUUAGAACACAGCCGUAUGCAGCAAAUAACAAACCUGAUCACAAAUCAUUUGAACAAGGACUUGCCAGAUUUGCUUGAGAAAACUUUAAAGAAGGAAAUAGCUUUAAUUGGACCAGCCGUAGCCCGUGAAAUUACUCCAAUGGUGGAGAAAACCGUGUCAUCGUCUAUUAUGGACUCAUUCCAGAAAGGAGUAGGAGAUAAGGCGGUGAACCAACUAGAGAAGUCAAUUAGUUCAAAACUCGAAGGUACGGUGACUAGGCAAAUUCAAGUACAGUUUCAAAUUUCAGGGAAGCAAAUUCUUCAGGAUGCAUUAAGGUCUAGCAUGGAAGCUUCAAUCAUUCCUGCAUUUGAGAUUUCAUGCAAAGCUAUGUUUGAGCAAGUUGAUAUCACACUCCAGAAGGUGCUUGGCAAACAUACAACUGCUGCUCAGCAGCAGUUUGAGGCUACACAUUCUCCACUUGCCAUUGCUCUAAAGGAUGCAAUUAAUUCGGCAUCAGUAAUCACUCAAACAUUGAGUGGAGAAUUGGCUGACGGCCAACGUCAGUUAUUAGCCAUUGCAGCGGCAGGUGCCAACUCAAAAGCAGUAAAUCCCUUGGUAACACAAUUGAGCAAUGGGCCAUUGGCUCUUCUCGAGAUGGGUGAGGCACCUUUGGAUCCAACUAAAGAACUGUCUAGAUUGAUAGCUGAGUGUAAAUUUGAAGAAGCAUUCACCGGAGCCCUUCACAGAAGGGAUGUCUCGAUAGUUUCGUGGUUAUGUUCUCAGGUUGAUUUACAAAGAAUUUUGUCAACGGUGCCACUCCCUUUGAGCCAAGGAGUUCUGCUAGCUCUUCUCCAACAACUGUCUUAUGAUAUUGGCAACGAAACACCCAAAAAACUAACAUGGAUGACAGAUAUAGCUCUUAGCAUAAACCCAGCAGAUCCAGCGAUUACAGUGCAUGCGCAUCCCAUUUUUGAGCAGGUAUACCAGAUACUGGGUCAUCGUCGGAACCUACCAACCACCUCUGCUUCAGAAGCAAGCAGCAUCCGCCUUCUUAUGCAUGUCAUCAACUCUGUGUUAAUGAGCUCUAAAUGAUUCUCCUGACCUUGUCUCUAUAAUCAUUGCAAAGUUGUAAGUGGAAACAUUGGGUUGUACAGAAACGCCCCGGAUAGAAAGUAUAGCUUCUUUAAUGAGAUGGUAUCUUGAUUA